CUCCUAAAUGAAAAUGGGCUUGAUUUACACACUAAUAACGGAACGAAACAGACCUGGUGUAAUUAGUGUCAGGAGGGCUACUUAACCAUCAAUCGUCCAGGCUUAAUGUCCGCACAGCUGCAGGAGCUCUCGGCUUAUGUAAAGGGCUUACACCUCUUAAGACAAUAAUGGUCACCUGGAGAACAAAUGAGGUGGCACUAAUACUCUGGAGGUGUCCCAUUGUACGUCAGCGAGGCGGACCAGCACGCGCCUAUCCGUGCGAGCGGCUACCGAGGUCAACCAGCACACCGUGGAGUGGACCCAGAUAUCCUUUUAAUUAAACAUGAGCUGAGGGGAAUCUCCAUGCCCUGCUGACUGCUCAGCAUUCAGCCUCAGCACAAGCAGAAGGAGACAGGCUGCAGUGAUGGAUGCACAGGCUGUAAGGGAAACUCAUGGAGUGAUGACAGAAGUGUUUUUAAACUCGAAGAAGAAUUAGAGGCAUCCAUGCUGGGAUGAGGACCACUUUUUAAAUAAUUUGUCCAUUUUUUCGGGAUUGGGACAACUUCGACCUCCCUGUGUCACCUUGUCUCCCCUGGAUUUCAUUUAAGAUAAAGCAAUGUUGCUCCCAACUUUGGGAGUUUCUUGAUCCAGCAGGGUCCAGCCUGCUUUUCCUAUCCCCUGCCAUUCCCAGGCUGCACCUCUUCCAUUCUGGACCCUGAUCUAAUCCUGUCUGGAUGCCUGAAAGAAGUGGAGUCGGACUCUUAGCAUGGCUCACUCCUUUCACCCUUCUGGCUGGGAGGAGAUGACAAAUGGAUGGGGCCACCCCCACCUCAUCAAUGGAGGCCGGACAGGGGGGUCCCAAAACACUUCACACUACUUGCUCAAGAAACCACACCACCAAAGACACAAAUCAUCCUCACCAAUGGGAAGGAUUAUUCUCAUCAAUGCACCUUUUGAUGGUGGGGAUGACAGUGAAGACCUUCAAACUGUGACAGUAGAUAAAGGUCCAGAUGGACGUUUGGGCUUCAGUAUCCGUGGAGGCUCUGAACAUGGACUGGGGAUAUUUGUCAGCAAAGUGGAGGAUGACAGCCCUGCAGCACAGUCUGGCUUGGUCAUGGGAGAUAAGCUGAUAGAGGUGAACGGGGUCAGUUUGGAGAACAUCACCAUGAGCAGUGCUGUGAAGGUGCUGACAGGCAACAACAGGCUGAAGAUGGUUGUAAGACGAGUGGGCAAGAUCCCCGGCAUCCGCUAUUCCAAAGAGAAGACUACAUGGGUGGAUCUGAUUCAUCGGCGGAUGGUCGUGGAGGAGAACGGUCGCACGCCGUCAAUAGCUAGUACAGACAGUGCACUGCGGAGGAUUAUACAUCUUUUCACGACAGCUGAUGACUACCGUCUGGGCUUCAACAUCAGAGGCGGGAGAGAGUUUGGACUGGGAAUAUAUGUAUCUAAACUAGAUCCAGGAGGUGUUGCCGAACAGCAUGGCAUCAAAAUGGGCGAUCAGAUCCUGGCAGCCAAUGGGGUCAGCUUUGAAGACAUCAGCCAUAACAGUGCAGUCGAGGUGUUGAAGAGCAGCAGCCAUAUUAUCCUGACCAUUAGGGAGGCUGGACGAUAUCCUGCCUACAUGGAGAGGGUAGCUGAAUAUGGUUGGCUCAACAAAAUGGCCAAUGGAGGCCCUGCGCCUUCCUCCCAGGGUUCAGACUGUAACUCUUCUGCCUCCUCCUUGUCCUCCUGCACCCCUCUGAGCUCCGUCAGUGGAUUCUCCCAGGUCGUUUUCCCUCCCGUCUCUAGCUCUGAGAUGGUAGAUGUCGCCAUCUCCACAGAUGACCGCUCACGGCACCCAAGCAGCAGUGAGCGAACUGUUGAUACUGCCAUACAGACUGACCCCGAGCCUUCUAACUACCCCGAAUACCCAUCACCUGGCAUUUCGUUCCCGGACAGGCUCAUCGCCACAGAAACGAGUCGAACCGUAGGCACCACGGUGCUGCUGAAGGAUACGGUGAUACGUGGUAAAGGAGAAGGACCGAGAGACAUGGGAGGUGCUGGAGAAAGAAGGCGGAGCAGGACAAGGACGCUGUCAUCAGGAGAACAGGAAGUAGGGAAGCAGUCUCCAAAGACAGCAGCACUGAUGGCCCUGAGCGGACCACCAAAGCCAAUCCGACGUUCCCAAAGCCACAUCACUGCAUCAGAGAACAAGCAGAAGAAGAAGAGGCAACAGAAAGAGAAGAGUACAGCAGAUGGUAACACAAACCUGAAGCGCUCCAAAACCCUUGUCAGCCUGCUCUUCAAAAGAGACCGCAAAGACCGCAGUCGAUCCAAGUCACCGUCACGCCAUGCAGACAAAGGUAAAAGGGCUGUGCAACCUAUCGCUCUUUCUCCUCCUCCAAGGGAGUCCCGUGCUGGGGUGAAAGACAGCAGUCUGUUCCCCCGGCCUGAGACCCUGCAGUACGUAGAAGACAUGGCAAAGAAACUGCUCAGCCAGGAUGAGGUGGCAGCAGUGAUGAGACACUGUCGGCGGUUUUUGUCAGAAUGUGUGAUUGAGGAUUUGGUGCACAACCUUUUGGCAAUCCUGGACAGGCCAGAGAAGUUGCUACUUCUCAGAGAAAUAAGAAUGCUGAUACCAACCACCGAACUGGCCCGUUUUGACAGUAUGUUCAUGCCUUUUGAGCUGGAAGCCUAUGACGUUCUAAAGAGUCGCUCUGUGCGAUCUCCAGCUCUGCGCUCCCCUCGCAGUGGAACACCUCGACGUCACCUCAUCACCCCAAUCCCAGACUGCAGAGGGGGGUUUUACCUGCAGCCAGUCCAGGACACACAGAGGGAGCGUCAGCUAAUUGAGGAGUUGGAGAGGCUGCGGAUGUCCAGCCAUCAAACAGAUCAUCUACCUCCAUCCCGUGCCUUCACCCCCCUGCUGGAUGUACCUGUGGACAGUUACAGCUCGUCCAGUAUGUUCUCACGCUCCCCCAGCCCCUCGUCCCCUCACAGCCCACAGCGAGGGCGCCAACCCCAUCGCUCCCCAGUCCAAAGAGAGAACGGGCCGACCCGUCUGUUCGAUGAAGUAUCCAUGUUGUCCGUGUCUGACCGAGGAGAUGCAGCUCCUGAGCGAGGGAGGUCACCAGUGAGGAACAGUCGUGGGAGGACAAGAAGGGACGUGAGUCCUGACAGUAUAGACAAUAGACGGAGCAGGCAGGAGGGCUACACCGAGGUCAGCGUACGUGUACCUUCACAGCAACGAGGGAGAACCCCCUUAGCAAAUGUGUUUGAUCCCCCAACCCCAAGAGAGAAAAGCCCCUCCAGGAGCAGAGGAGGCAGUCCGCAGGUAAACGGACAUGUACAAGAUGGUCAAGGUGUGAAAAGGAGACGCACUCUGCCACAUGAGGACUAUGACAUCGCCACUAUGAUCAUCUCCAAGGCCAAGCCAUCCCUGGGUAUUAGUAUUUCUGGAGGUGCAGAGUCUAAGGUGCAGCCCAUGAUAAAAAUUGAAAAAAUCUUCCCUGGAGGAGCUGCUUCUGCAAAUGAGUCUUUAAAGGCAGGGUUUGAGCUGUUGACUGUGGACGGUGAGAAUCUGCAGGGACUGACUCAUCUGCAAGCCGUGAACACAAUUCGCCGUGCGUUCGGCAAUAAGGCCAUAGAACCCAUGAUUUUUGUGGUCAAGGUCCCCAAAGUCCCCACCACCUCCAAAAGCCCCAGGAGACCUGCUGACUAACCUCUGUGUGCCUCCCAGCCAGACUGCAAACAGCGCAUGAAGGACACCGAAAACUUGCAACCCCUGCAGGGAGUGAAAGAGCUACGAAAUUCACCACAAACAGGAAACAGUGGACAGGUGAAGCUCCGGUCAUUGUAAAGAGGAAUGGAUUAGUCCUGACAGAGGUGGAGCCAUCACAAGAACAAAGAAGAGCAUUUUUAUAGACUGUGAAGUAACUUUUAGCUUAUACAAAAGUUUAUUUUACAGUAGAUGAUUAUUAAGGACACAUUUUGAUAUGAGAUAUUUUAAGAUCGUCUAAUGUUUAGAAGCACGAAUGUUCUAACUUUUAUAAAAUUCUUAGUAUUUUCAGCAAAGACUUUACUCAAUGCAUGUAUUGCACAUGAACUGGAUGAGAAGCAAGUCUUCUUGAAGGGUCUUUGAUGAUUACAGGGUGGGUGAAAAGUAACUAGGUAUUAAAA